CGGAGCGUCCUCCCCGCUGGCCCGCGUUGGGCUCAGGGCCCGUCGGACCAAAGAAGUAAAAACACCGUGUGAAGGGGGAGCACGUGUUUGGAGGGAAAUGGGAACGUACACAAUGGUAAAGGAGUAAGAUUAUACUUAACAAAAAACUUCAGCUACUCCUGUGCAGAGAAGGAGAUUCUUAAGUUCAGCCAUACUUGGGAUUUGUCAGAUUCCUGACAUUCAGAACAACUGACUUUUAAUACACUGCUACUACAUCAAAUCAACAAUGAAUUGGAAUGUAAAACCAGAGAAUGUCACCUUACCACCCCAGUAUCCUAAAAAGCAGUCACCUUUUUUGGAACAGGCUUUAAUAAAUACACUUAAUACAACAUCUCAAAGUUCUUUAAACUAUCCUGGAAGUAACCAAGAAGCAUGUAUGUUUCUUGGUAAUUCAAAUACAGUUUCACAGCCACUGCUAAACAUCAGAAAUUAUCCAGCUCCUCAGCAAAUCCCUAUUCCUGAUAUGCAUAAUGGGACAGUUGUGGCCUCACAAACUUCAGUAGAAGGAAUCACAUAUGCAAACGUUAAAGGAUCCAAACAACUAAAUCACAAUUUGCAAAUGUCUUCAGGAGUUACACAAAAUAUAUGGUUGAACUCUCAAAUGAGGAAUUCUAUGCUUUCUCAUACAGGGGCAACUGUGUCCCAUCAAACUGGUUUUGGAACUAAUACACCUAAUUUACAUGCACUACAGAAUCAGUUUGUAUCAUCAGAUUCCUAUUCUAUGCAACUACAAAUGGUCCCUCCUAAUUCUGCAAGAGUUCCUGUAACUUAUCAAGGAGCCCCAAGACUUAACCCAUCUUUAUCAGAACGACAGGCUGAUUGGGCACAACAGUAUACAUCCAGUGGCCUGACUUACCCAGAUUACAGAUCACUUCCAAAGCAAUACAAUUACCCAUCACAAAGCUUUUUGCAAGAUCCCACUCUUCAGAAACAAAAUCCUAUGCCAUCUACAUCAUUGCAGAUGAAAAAUAGUCACCCUCCAGAUUCUCCACGGACUUUACAGUCAAAGCAGACUGCAAGUGUACAGUCCUAUCAAUAUGCAGUUACUCAUACUGACAAAAGACCACCUCCUCCGCCUUCUGACUGUAGAUAUGUAAGCCAGCCUUUUCAAAGUACUCAGCAUGUUAUUAAACAGAGUUCUCUGGGUGUUUCUCAGAGUCAAGAAAUGCACUUACCUGAAAUGAGGAGAGACUUUCCUAGAAACUUUCAACAGCAUUGGCAAAACCUUAAUGAAAAUGUCAGCACAGUUGGAAAUUCCUGUAACUUGAAAGUAAAUACUAAUGUCACUCGGCCUUUUACUGAACCUGUUAGAUCUUCUGUGGAUGGUGUUCAGACCCUUGCUCAGAAUAAUCAAGAGAGAAGCGUAGACUCUUGUGAUCUAUCUUCAAAUCAAAUACUGGACACAAAUGCCACAAAAGAGAAGUUAGUGAGGGAUAUUAAAACAUUAGUAGAAAUAAAAAAGAAGUUUUCCGAACUUGCAAGGAAAAUUAAAAUUAAUAAAAAUCUUUUGAUGGCAGCAGGUUGUAUUAAAACAACUGAUACCCCUUACAAUGAAUUAGCUCCAAAUUCUGAAUUGUCUGUGAAACAAAAUGUCCAAAUCCAGUCUGGGCCACAGGUAACCCUACUGACUCCAGAGAAUAAGCCACCAACCAUAAUGGAAUCUGCAAAAGAAACAAGUAGAACACACACUACAAUGAAUUCUAACAUUCAAGACCUCAGUUGGGGAAAUUGUAACCAAGUGAAUUCUGCUUUACGAAAUUCUGUCUAUUCAGAAAAGUUACCAAUGCCAGACAAGUUAAAUGAUAUGAAAGUUAGGACUUCUUUAAAGGCAUCAACUGUUGAGAUUACCCAGGCAACAUUAAAUAACACCCAGAUUUCAUCAGGAAAUGUCAACGUUGAACCAAAUGUGCCAACAAAUUCUGAAACAACCUCUGUUCCUCGGUCUACAUCUUUUGAGGAAUAUGUUUCAAAAUACCCAAAUAAAAAUACGCUGAUUCUCAGUUUACUUACAUGUAAAGAUAAACUACAGGAGAAAUUUAAAAAUACUAGUGAAACUAUUCAGGACUCUAAACCACAUAGUUUUGAAAUUAAUCCAAAUACCCAAGUCACUGGUAACCAAACGAAUUUGAAAACCGUGGAAACUCCAAGUCCUUGUAAUAUAAAUACCAAGGUUUUAGACAACUCCUUUUGCCUUGAACAGAAAUCCUCAAGUGAAAUGUCUUCUAAAAGUGACCAUCACUUUUCCAUGGAAUUGCUAGCAACAUGUCUUUCUCUGUGGAAAAAGCAACCUAAAGAACCUACAGAAGAAAAACAGUAUAAUGAGGCAAAAAACAGAACAGCAGUUGGAUUUUUAAAGCCUGUGGAAACCUGUGAUAAGAGUCCAUUUUUAGUUGUAGGAAAUUCUCAGAAUAAGAUGGUAAACACUUCCCAAGAAACAACUUUGUCAACAGUAGUACAGAAUUAUGAGUCUUCCAGUGCAACUGUUACAAAGGGAACAGAACUUCAGGUUGCUGUAGUGUCACCCUUAAUUCUUUCAGAUGUCAAAACAUUGUCUGCCAAAGGUGUAACACCUGAAGCGGUACCUGAAACACUGUAUCCAGUUAUUAAAGAAGGCAGUGUUUGUAGCUUACAAAAUCAGUUGGCAGAAAAUAACAAUGUUACUGCUGCGUUGAAAGCUAAUGUUAAUGAACCAGUAGCAGAUACCACAACAAAUACAAAGAUGUUCUCAUCAGUUCAGAAGGAAGAUAAAAAUGAAUCGACUAAUUCAGAAGAUACACCUAAUAGCCAUCAAGGAGAUAAUAUCAAAUCCGAACCAGAUCCCCACUGUUCUGUGACUGAACAGCAGGCCUCACAUAAGUCAAGGAACAGUGAUAUUGUUACUGAUGAUAUGUUACAUAUUGACAAUAUUUGUUCUCUUGUUGAAGGUGAUACAUCUUAUAAUUCCCAAAUAGCAGAGAUAUUCAACUUGCCUCCUUUGAAAAGGGUUGAGCCACAGAAAUCUUCUCUACCAAAUCAUCAAGUGAUUAGUAAAAUAGAACAAAUAGACAGCCUCACUGAAAAUAAAGACUUUGGUUUUCAAAAUGGUAAUUUUUCACUGUGCGCAGAUGUUUCACAUAAAAUAACUGGACCAGCAGAAUCACCACAGCAUCCAGAAUCGUUAUCUUUGAAGUAUGUUAAAGCCAACAGUGAAAUUCUAGAGGAAAGCAAAGUGGAACAUGUCACUAAAAAAGGAAGCACAGCUAAUGAUACAUGUUCAUUGUCUGCUAUUCCUCAGGAAGGUGAUGCGUCCUGCAAUUAUACUGCCCAAGAUCCUGCAAGAAGUGAAAUUCUCAGUGAUAAGGCAUCUUUCUCAUACCUACACGAUCAGCUGUCAGAACUUUUAAAAGAAUUUCCCUAUGGUAUUGAAGCUGUGAACACACAGGAAGGUUCUGUGGCCCAACAGAUAACCAACCAAAUCUCAAAAGAUCAAACUGUUUGUGACUCCAAGGACUCAACAGAUCAAAUACAGAUUACGGUAUUAAACUCUGAGCAAAUGAAAGAAUUAUUUCCUGAACAUGACGACCCACCCUGUGAGGUUGACAAGUUGACAGAACAUCAGAAAGAAGAGCCUGUAAAAAUAGAAGGGAGUCAGUGUGACCCACAAGCAGAUACAGAUGGAAAGACUGAUGAUAAUAUAAUGGAUUCAGAGAAAGAUGAUGUUGGUUGCUGUACAUUGGGGUGGCUGUCUAUGGUUUAUGAAGGAAUACCCCAGUGUCAAUAUAAUUGCAUCAAUAACUCAGCUUCAAAAGAAGACAAAGGGGAAAAUCAGUCUUCACCUUUGAAUAUCAACAGUUGUAAGGAAGGAGAAAGAACUUCUGAUAGAAAUGUCCCUCGUGGAUGUGAGAGUCCUCUAAAUAACAAUCUGAAGAUUCCUUUGACUUUUCCAGAUAAGAAAAACCAUUCUCCUGAAACAGAGCAAGGCAAAAAUAUAAAUGAAAUGCCCAAAACAAAACACAAAUCACUGAGGACAGAACAAGAAUUAUCAGGUCAGUUUUUUUCUAAAGGUGAUAAAAAACUAGAUUCCAUGCAAAGUCACAAAAGAAAAGGAAAACUGCAGUUUCAUGAGAUAACUUUUCACACCAGUAAUAAAAUGACAAAAUUUUCUCAAGAGAGCCUGCACCAAAAGCUCAUGGCACAAAACUCACAUCCACUAAAAACAAAGGCAGGUUUCUUGACAAAUAAAAAUAAAGAUUUACAUAUGAAAAAUGGUUCUUUGGUACAAUCGGUAUCCUCAGAGAAAAUAAGAUUGAAAGCAGGUGGCUUGAGACUCAAAGUUUCGGAUAAAAGGAAGUUAGAUGAUGGGAGCAUACUUGAUUCAAAAAUAAAGAAGAAGAAAUAUGAUAAACAAGAGCAGAAUAAAAAUGGGGAUGGAACAUUUAAAUUAUGUAACAUUUUGUCAAUCCCAAAUGAAAGAGCCAGGGUUAAAGAAAAGACUGUGUCAAAUGUUAAAUCCACAGCCUCUAAGGGUAACUCAUCUAAAAUUAAUAAAGUUCUAACACCAAAGGAAUAUUUGCAAAGACAGAAACACAAAGAAGCAAUGGGUAGCAACGCAUCAAAGAAAAGCUGUGUGAGAAACUUACCAUGUGAUUCUCAAUACAUGAAGUCUAAUAAACUUUCCACGCAAGUAGGGAGUUGGGAGAAAUCAAAUGAAAGGCACAAUAGCAGUGUACAGACUCCUAAGGAAUCAUUAAAUAUUUGUGCAAGCCAUGGUAAAAACCUCAAGAUUGACUCUUCAGAGGAGUCUAAAGCACACAUUUCAAGGGAUGCUAAGGGAAUAGUUGGUGGAAAUCAACCUGAGAAAAUGUGGAUUGAUAAAACCAAGUUAGACAAAAAUUUAAACAGUACAAACAGUGAAGUGGAAUUCAGUCAAAUGCCUUCCCAGUCAAAGGAUCAAAGGAAAAUGUAUCUGAACAGAGUUGCGUUUAAAUGCACUGAGCACGAGAGCAUUUGUCUCACAAAAUUAGACAGUUCACCAAGGAAGUUUAAUAAAGAGAGACCAGAAAAUAAACCUCAGAGCCUCUUACCUGUGAAAGAUACCACAGAAAAACCAAACAUGCUGGAAUUUAAGUUAUGUCCAGAUGUCCUGAUUAAGAAUACAAAUUCUGUUGAUGACUGGAAGGAUCUGCAGCCUUGUCCUAGGAAGGAAGAAGCCCCUGUGCAAGUUUCAGGAAUAAAAAGUACAAAAGAAGACUGGUUAAGAGGUACAACUGAGGAGAAAAGGAUGCCAGAAGCCAAACAAGAAAUAGAUAAUAAUGUUUUGGCUAAUUCAAGACUCUCGAAGAGAAGCUUCGGUGCAGAUGGAUUUGAGACACUACAAAAUCCAGUAAAAAAUUCAAAGGCAAUGUUUCAAACCUACAAAAAGAUGUAUAUGGAAAAGAGAAGCAGAAGCCUUGAUAGCAGUCCUUUAAAAUAAUUCUGAGGCUAAUUUUUUUGAUGGUUCUAUAAUUGACACCAGAAAAUUUCUGCCAUUUUCUGUUCAGAAGGUAUUGCUGGAAAUGCUUGGGAUUGCCAUGAUAAAAUCUCAAGAGAGUUUAGUUACCACUUAGUUAUGUAAAUCAUUGAAGUUAUUUAAUAGGGCUUGGGGAUCUUACCUGUGCAUACCAGAUAUAAGAAAUAGACGAUAUUUGUCAGGGAAACCAUAAGGUAUUGAAUUUUGACAUUAUUGAGCAAUAUUUACCAGUUUAUUUUGAAAUGCUAACUAUCCAUCCUGAGGGAGGGCUGUUCUCAGUUAAGUACUUGCUUAUUUUAGCUGGGACUGUAAAUAUGUUUAUUUCUAAAGCUUAUUAGCAAAACUUAUUUUUUAAAAACCCUCACUGUGAAUGUCAAAGUAUAUUCUUAAGUAUUUUAUACCUAAUUGUAAACUUUGUCAGAAGUCUUGUUUUGUACUUGUUAAGCUGGACAUAAUUUUUGGAUAAUGU